AUGCCAGCCAUAGCGAAUGGGACAACAUCACAACCAGCCAAUCCACAUCCCAUCCCUCCUGAUCCGAAUCUACCACCGAACAAAAACAACAAAAACAAUAAUAACAACAAAUCAUCAUCUUCAACGCACAAACAACAACAACAACAGCAACAACAACAGACUUCUUUAAGUGGUAUCGACUUGAAUCGUAUACCUCAACCAUCACCUAAAGUCAUCUCAUCAAGUUCACAUAUCGAUAAACAUUUCUUACCGCGCAGAUUCUUGGGAGCUAUUCCCGAGAAAAUCGUUAAUUCAGAUGAAACCAUAGAGAACCGUAAAAAGUUUCAUCAAUUGAGAAAAAAUGCAAUUUCACAUUUACCGUUACUUGGUCAUACCCACAGCGAAGACUCGUUCUCCCAUUUCGGUAAUGAUAAUGGCAAUGGUAAUGAAAGAGAUGAUGUUGGAUUGAUUAGGGAAGCUGCGAAAAGAAUCAAGAUUCGAAAAAGAGGGAAAACUGAUCGUGUAAUGGAUCUGGAUUUGGAUUUGGAUGUCGGUACUCCUGAAGAACGACAAGGACAAGGCAGAGGAAAAAUAAAAGGCGGUAUAGGUAAAGGAAAAGAUAGUUGGAUAGGUGAAAGUUUUGAUAUCGGACGUGAAUUCUUAGGAUCAGUCAUUCAUGAACAUGAAGAUGCAGACGAAGAAAUACAACCUCCUUCUUCAUCUUCUAUACAUCAAGGAGAUAACCAAGUUGUGAAUGAGGCAAAGGGGAAAGGUGGAGCAGGCGGUGGACAGUCAGAAAGUGUACCUAGUCGACCAGCAGUUUCGACUCGAACAACGCAAGAGACUUUCGUUACUGCCAGAACGGGAUUCUCUUCCAGUCGAGGCGAAGGAGCAUCAUCAUCUAAAUCAACACUCGAUUUGAACGACACUUCCACUUCAGCCGAAGGAUAUCAACUUACUCCCCAAGCUUCUCUCAAUGGUCUAUCAAGUUCACCUGGAACAAUCACGAUUACCAAUAUAAGAGAUUCCACUUCAUCUUCUACUCAACCACUUGUUCCACCUUCCAUCAAGCACCGUUCUCAGGAUUCAUCAGAUACAGUCAAAGCCAUUGUCACACAAAACAAAUCAUCAAAUGGUCUAUCGACGAGGCUGAAAUCAGCUCUGAGGAAAUCAUCAUCUAAACCUGAAAAUGAACUAUAUUCAACCCAAUCAGCGAUAUAUGCGACAUCGUCUAAUAACCAAUUGUCACAACAAAAGCAGAAGCAGAAACAGAAAGACAAACAAAAUAAAUCAAAAAGUGUGCAAUUCCCAAUCGAUCCUAUACAAGGACCGUCAUCUAUGAAGAAGGUAUUAGGAGAUGAUCUAAAUGAUCACACGACUAAAGGCGAUAAAGCCCCUGUAGAUCCUGCAGAGGUGUUAGAGAGAUCAGGUGAUGAAGUCGCUGGAACUAGUCAUGAAGCAGUCGAAGAGGCUCUGGAGGAAGAAGAAGAGGAUUGGGAAGAGGUUAGAAAACCUGGUGAAGUGAUUUUGAGGGAUAGGAUGCUAGUAAGAGUUGGUUAUCAUAGAGAAGACAAUGUAAGAGGGUUUGAUGAAGCUUCUCAGCGCCGAAACCCAUGUGCCCGACUUGACCCACUGGAAGAGUUCAUCGUAAUUUAUCGUAAAUCACAGAUCGAACUAUAUUCAAAUUACACUUAUCCCUUUCAAGAGAAAGUCGUCGGUCAUAAGCAUUUAGCAUUUGUUAUACCACUCUUGCCUCAUCGGACUAGUUUAUCCAUUUUCAAUUCCGAGGAUGUGACCAUUUGUCUAACUACGUCCAUCAAUAAACUGCAAGAUGAUGUCUCAAACAUCUUACGAUCAAGUACAACCCGAGCUGGAGCAGUGAAGAAUCGAGUGAAGCAAUCAAAACAAGUACAAUGGCUUCGAGGUAGGAGAAGAGGUACACAAGUGUUCAUAAUGAAAUUGGCGGAAAGAUCAAGAAGUUUAGAUUGGUAUUGGGAAAUAUGGAGGGAUUUAAAUGGUGAAUUACCUGAUCGAUUUGAUGUGUCUGUCCCAUCAUUAUCGACUUCAAUAAGGUUGAUCAUUCCACAAGAUGAAGAAUAUUAUAUGGUAGGCAACUCAAGUCAAUGUGCCAAAUUUGAAAAAUCCAAAAUCAUCGAAAACUGUUGGGAAAUGUUGAAAGAAUCAAUGGAUAUAGAAGAAUUAAGGAGACAGAAUGAUGAGGACUCUGAAAAUAGAAGUGGGAAGUUGAAUGUACAAUUGGCAUGGAAAUCGAGUGAUGGCAAUUUAGAUUGGCUCACUUUUGAUCAAACUGUUCAAGGUAAGAAAAGAGAUUGGACUUUAUUGGCUGGUUUGGCUAGAUCUCAAGGAGAAUCGAAGCCACGUGAAUUACAAUUAAGACCCGCAAAACAUCAACCAAACUCGAUUAAGUUGGAAGAUGGCACUUUGCUCGAAGAACCUCCAGGCGUGGAAGGGUAUCUCACUCGACAUAACGAUGGAACAACCAAAGAACAGGUAUACAUCUCUUCGCACGAUGGCAAUAUCUUUGUGGGACAUAUGAGAGAUGCGAAACCACCUCUUCUACCUCAAAAGGAGAGUUCGACACCAUCUGAACUAUUCCCUGAUUUGUUCAGCACAUUCAUAGAUACAGAACAUAAGAGGAUAGCAAGGUACCUUCAACGUUGCGCUGGAUGUAUCGAUUUAAGAGAUAUAGUUUCUAUAAAAAUCAUAUCGGAUGAUUCACCGAAACAUACUAGGUCUACAUCAAGUACUUCUGCUACUCGAGAAGGUUUCGAUCGCAUUGUGACUAAUGCAGAGGAUGUACAAGGGAAAACAUUCGAAGUGGAAAUGUCAGCUGGAGGGAUUGUGAAGCUUGAAUGUCAAACCUGGGAAAUCGCGAAAGAAUGGGUGGAAAGCUUAAAAGCCUUGAAGAGUUAUUGGGAGAGAAGACAUCGUGUAGACGCGAGACAACGUAUGGAUGCGAUCUCGUUACAUUCUCAUGAGAAUCCAUUCACGGGUACCGAACUUUCGAAUGAAUCCGAUAAUUUCAUUUCGGAGAUAUGGGAUUGGUGUGUUCUAGAUGGAUGUAGGAGUACUUGUUUAUCAGGUAGGUUAUACAUGAAAAAGGAUAAAUGGGAUAAAUUCAGAUCGAAAUACAUCGUAUUAACAGGAGGAAGUUUGGUCUCGUUCAAAAUCAAGAAGAAGUCAGCUUUUCAUACUAGAAGUAAAAGAUAUUCAUUAUUUGGUGCAUAUGUUUACUCGGGAAUGUUAGCACUGGAUGAAAUGCCAUCGUCGACUUCAGGUUCUUCAACUACAAAUGACGCAUUCAGUUCUCAAGCUAGAGUGUAUCAAGAUGGAUUACAAUCUUCUGAUGGUCCCGAAGAUACCACUUUCUGCGUUAGGUUGGCAUUGCCGUCUUCUAAAUGGUCAAAAAAGAGUGUCAAUCAUCCAUGGGAAGAAGAGGGGGAAGGUGAAAAGGACGGUUUGAACAAUCUUGUUAUUCCUGAUCUAACUAAGAAAGCUACUCAGUUAUUGAUAUUCCGUGCUCGAUCAAAGCUCGAGAGGGAUCGUUGGGUCUGGGCUACGAACGCGGAGAUGGAAAGACAAGUCAGAUCUCAUCAAAAACAAGAAGACGCAUUGAGAAACCAUGGUAAUGUUCCUGAACGUUGGUUUUGA